AGUUGAUCCCCCAACAUGGCUGUCUCGGAUACAGCUUGUCCGCAUCACAACGGUUUUAUCGGCUACAGAGCACGGAUCUAACCAUAGAGAUGAAAAUUUAUGGUUGCAUUUGGUUCGUCAUACUAUUGGUGACUUGCCGGUCGCAGUUAACUGGAUUAAACUUUUUUAUAACAAAAGAAGAGUGGAAUCGAACAGUCGGAGCGUUUCACGAUCUCUUCUACGUCGCCAACGGGACAAAGAAGGAUUAUUCUCUCCGCUUCCAAGUUCCUAUACAAUAUGAAACCAGAAGGCUUAACUUUUAUUGGCAAAAUACGGGCCGUCAAGAUAUUUUCUACGAGUUAGAUACUAGAAUUCCGAGAGGACCCAAUCAUGGAUUGAAUAUACUUUACGAUAAAUCUCUGAGAUCCGGAGUUGUUCCGCGCAAGCUUUCCGCCUUCGCCAUUGAUCCAUUGUGCACCGGAAAGGAACAGCGAUCAAUAAUUUUCCAUAUUUCCGUCAAUUUUACUCAACGAAAUAAAACAACUCAAUUGAUUUUGAAACGUUCAAAGAAUUGUAAAUACGGUUUACCCCAGGAGCGAAGGUCAAUUGAUGCUUUUGAUGUUCACAAAACUAAAAAUAAAGGAAGAGAAAAACAAAAAAUAUGGUUCUAUUCUGGAGCAGGGCUUUUCUGUGGUUUAGUUAUAAUAGUGGCAACAGUGAUAGCUGUUUGCUUCGCUAGGUCGCGCAGGCCAAAGAAAAAGCAAACUUUUGCUGAUAGAGCAAGUGAGAACGGAUCAAAAUACUCGCAAGCACUAUUGCAAAAUAAUACAUCAGACUCUUCUCAUAGUCAUGCGAGUACUGGCUAUAGCUUGCAAUUAUCUCCAACCCAAGUCCGAGCCGCUCUUUCUGAAUUGAUGAUCGAUAAAUCUCGUCUGACAUUAACACAAGUACUGAUGGAAGGCACUUUCGGUCGUGUUUCCCACGGUCUUAUAAGCGUUCAUUGCGAAACGGAUGAAAUGGGCUUUAUCAUGGUAAAGAGCAUGACAGAGGCUGCUGAAUCGGAUCAAGUUGAAACCUUCCUAAGGGAUGCUUGCUUAUUGAGGAACGUUUUGCAUGAGAACAUUCAAAAAUUGGCUGGGGUAUCCUUAGAUCCUCCGAUGCUAGUCUACGCUCGCUCAACUCAUACUCAAAAUCUAAAGACCUAUCUUCUCGAUAGAAAAACUAUGGUUCUCAGCACACCAGAAGUUGUGUAUAUAGCUCUACAAAUAGCCAGAGGGGCUAUGCACCUACACAAAAUGGGCAUUAUCCACAAAGAUGUAGCGGCUCGCAAUUCUACAAUAGACGAACAGUUUAAAGUAAAGAUAGCUGACCCCGCUCUUUCAUCGGACCUUUUUCCAGACGAUUACCAACGCGUAGGGGACAAAACUGAUAAGCCAAUCAGAUGGCUUGCUAUAGAAUGCCUUAAAAAGAACUUUUUUUCUGGGGCCAGCGACGCUUGGGCAGUCGGAAUAACGAUCUGGGAGAUCAUUAAUCUCGGCCAGCAGCCGUAUCCCGGCAUUAAUCCAUUCGAUAUCUGUGAAUACUUAGAGGCCGGUUACAGAUUAUCGCAGCCAACAUUGUGCCCAGACCAUUUGUUUACAGUCAUGGCACAUUGUUGGUCGGCUGAACCUCGGGACCGACCUACACUUAGUCAAGUCGUUGUUUAUUUAAGGGAUUUUUAUACGACUCUCGGUUGUUUUGUGUAAAAAAAAAAAAAAAGAUAAAAAAGAGAAAAUAAGAAAGAAAAACUAUGAAUAUCAGAUGAAAUCAAAUGAAAAAGACUGCGAACUAUCAGUAUUUAUUUUAUAUAUGUAUUUAUUCUAUUUUUUUGUACUAAUAUCUGUUAAGAAAAAUAAAGUCUAGCGUUUUGCUUUGGAAAUUAAGCACGUUCGAAAAUCCUUCGGUUUCAUAAUUAUUUCAGUACAAAUGAAUAAUUUUGGUUAGUAAUCAUCCGAUUUAUCGCUGCUUUUCUACAUCAUUAAUUUUCUUUUUGUUUAAUAAACUCAAUUACAAAAU